CUUGAAUUUAUUGAAUUCAGCAACAGCAACACUAGCUAAAACAAUGGCAGAUAUCAGGAAAUACCUACCUGCAGUCUCUGCAAAAUGUUUUAUGUGUUAAUUACUUAGUUUUUUACAUCGUACCAGCUGAGUAACAGAAUGCAACCGCCUGUGAUCUGACGUAUAUAGGUCGCUGUGACAUAGAUAGGUCGGGUUUUGGCUCUGACAAAAUAAGCGCCAUUUCUCUGAAAACGGAAGAGAAACGGUCUAACUCCACAUUUUAGUGCGACAAAGUUUUCGCGCUUUGCUCAUGCUUUCAGGAACUAAUUUCAAGUAUAUAUUGUACUGAGAAGCAAAUCAUGGGAUUUGGUUUACAGCAUCUUUAAGCUUGUCUGAUUCUGUGUUCACAAAUGAAUGAAGUGGUUCCUUGAUUGUCUUGCAGUUUACCGUUCUCGUUUUUUUUGUUUUUUUUUUGUUGCGUUACUUGCCUUCGGUAUGAUAUGGGUAAGAUAUGACAGUGAUAUUACAGUCAAUUUAGUCUUACAAAAAAGAAACAAAAGAAGUACAUAUCGAGUGUUUACUCCGCCCACCUGACCAAAGAUCAGAUGGCCCUGGAUUACAAAACAGACGUGCACAUAGUUAUUACAGUACCGACAGAACAACGGCAACUAUUUAUCUGUGACAGCACAAUCCAAUGAACCGUGCAGGAAGGACAACGGCAUCAACGGACUAGCUAGAUAUAUUCGUACAAAACAUGGCAGAUGAUGGCAUAGACUACAACAUUGUAUUUCCAGAUGCUCUUAUUUCGGAGAGACACUGGCAUGGGACCAAGGAACCGGUUGUCGUCCUGCUUGGAUGGGCUGGUUGUAAAGACAAACAUCUCACCAAAUACGGCUCAAUCUACAAUAAACAGGGAUGUGUCACUGUCCGCUACACAGCCCCCUUGAAGAUCGUUUUUAUCUCUGAAUCCUUUGGCUUCAAAGAACUGAGCAGCACUGCCCGCAAACUUCUGGAGAUCCUUUACGACUAUGAAGUGGAGAACAGCCCCAUAUUCUUCCAUGUGUUCAGCAAUGGAGGGUUCAUGCUUUACCGUUAUGUCGUUGAACUCAUGCACAGUGAACAACAGUUCAGUUCCCUGCGCGUGGUAGGGGCUGUAGUAGACAGUGCCCCCGGUAGUGGUAAUGUCUGUGGGGCGGUACGCGCCCUCACUGCUACUCUGGGGCCCAAUGUCAACACAAUGUUAAAGUACGUCCUCCUGACGCUGUUUGCCGUGACUGUUUUCCUACUACGGGUGGUCCUGUACCCCGUGACCAAGUACAUCCACAGGAACCACUAUGAUGCUAUGAGGGAGCGCCCGGCCACCUGGCCCCAGCUCUACCUCUACUCCCAGGCCGACCAGGUGAUCCGCAACAGAGACGUGGAGCUCAUGGUCAAGGCCCUGAAAGAGAAGGGGAUGCCAGUGGACAGUUAUGACUUUGUGACCACUGCUCAUGUCAGCCACUACCGAGAUUUUCCCCAGGAGUACACCACACGGUGCCUGGCUUUCCUCGCCGACUGCAUGAAGGCCCCCGAGGGGACCCAGAGCAAAAAGCAGCGCCACCUUAUCCAGUAGUGAAAAUGAUGACGCGCACGCCACUAACUUGGCUCAAUAUGUUCAUAGCACACAUGGUAAUGUGAUUCUACUGUAAAGUGACACUUGUAUAGGCUCAAACUGUCAUUUGUGAACUGCACUAUGGUACUGCUGGGUUACUUGGAACAAAUAAGCAAUGAGUUUUUGGAAAAGGCCAAAAGCUGAGUGUGUUUACUUGCGAUGCCGUGAAAAUAGGAUGGAUUGUUAUUGUUGCCUUUUGCUAAAUGUUUUAAAUCCCAAACUGUGAGACACUAAGUGAUCUUUCAAGAAAAUGUUAACAAAAGUAAAAUAUGGUUUUCCCAUCAAUUUGAAACAUUUAUGAAGAUUGUCUGUUCAGCACUUAGGCUACUUAUUUUACUAAUGUGCCUUCAAUAAAUGGAAAUAAC